AUGCGCCUGCUUUCCACUCGAAAGUUUACCUUCCACGAAUUCCACGAAAAUGCUGUUCCUGAAUACGCCAUUCUAUCCCAUACCUGGGACGGCGACGAGGUCACCCUCCAGAAUAUGCUACAGUCGAAUGCGAGGACAAUCCUGACAAGCAGCAAUCCUCCAAGCAAAUAUUGGAAAAAAAUCCAAGGCGCCUGCCGAAAGGCACGCCAAGAAAGCUAUGCCUACAUCUGGAUCGACAGCUGCUGCAUUGACAAGACCAACAGCGCAGAGCUGCAAGAAGCCAUCAACUCCAUGUUCCGAUGGUACCGCAAGUCGACCGUGUGCUUAGCCCUCCUGUCUGAUGUGGACAAGUCCGACUUCGUGUCCGAUGGAGAGCUGCAGAGGCGCGUUCCAUCAUCCUGCCGAUGGUUCACCCGAGGUUGGACCCUGCAGGAGCUCCUGGCCCCCGAUAAUUUGGUCUUCUUCGAUGUCAAUUGGAAGGAGCUGGGCUCGCGUUCUGGAUGGGCGAACUACAUUUCCAAAGCUACUGGCAUUCUUCCCAAGUUUCUUCUAGGCAACGAGCUGGACCCUUGCAAAACAUGGGAUCUUGAAGCCGUUCUUCGAGACACCAGCGUUGCAACCAAGAUGUCGUGGGCCGCCAGCAGGCAGACAACUAGAGUCGAGGAUCAAGCAUACUGCUUGCUCGGCUUGUUCGAUAUCCAUAUGCCGAUGCUGUACGGCGAGGGAAGAAAGGCGUUCGUUCGGCUACAACAAGAGAUCAUGAAGUCUACCGAUGACUGCACUCUGCUAGCCUGGGGCUACAAUGAGCCGCUUCUGGGAGCCCCAGUCUCAGAGAUCCCCUUCCUUUGUCGCUGUUGUCGAUUUGACCACUAUUCUCACCUUCCAAGCCGUGCUUAUCCUGAUAUACCCACUGGUCCCCGAGGUGGAGUGCUGGUUAAAGGCCGACUUCACAGAGACCUUGGCGGCCAUAAUCAUGGUGGUCGGCCAAGGUCCCUCUUUGCAACCUCUCCCCAAGACUUCAGAUUCGCCGGAGACCUUAAGCUUUGCGGUAUACCGGAACACAAGCGACCAGCUUUUUCCACGAGUCAGCGUGGACUGGAGAUGAGUUUGCCAAUCGUCAAGGACGAGUCGCAUGACCAUAUUGUCUAUGGCCUGCUAGCCUGCACUUCCCUAUUCGCACCGAUACCGACUGACCUGCUAGCCCACGAUUCCCGAUGGGCAAAGAUACCGACUAGCCUGGUGGCAAUCCCAUUGAUCCGCUCGUCCAUCAUUGACGCUGCCUCUAAGGACCAUGAAGACGAGUACGUGCAAAGCCCAUUCUGUCUUCCUUGCAAGGUUCCCGUUUCCUUCUCCGACAAAGCAGAGAGGAUGAGUAUUUGCAUCCGCAACGAAGAUUGCUAUCGUCGAUUAUGGGAUUCUGCCGGCUAUUUGGAGGGCCAAUUGGAGAGGUCCUUGAUAUUCGACUUCGGACACCCGCUGGCAACUAAGAAGGGGGGAAGCACUUUACGCCUGGAGCUGAUGUAUCCCUUCCAACCACUGUACAGCAUGUACUUUACGCUUCUGCGUGACAGCUGUCCAUAUAGUUCGAAAUCUUGUGCACCAUCCUACAUGUGGCCCGGGGGAGCAAGCUUGAAUAACCCACAUUGGUGGUCGUACCACCUCGCUCGCCCUCCCUUCCAGUCUCGCACUUUCACAGACACUGGCCCGACUUGGGACGAAAUUAUCCACAAAAAGAUCCAAAACGCGCCAAACAGCACCAUUGCAGCUGCCCUCCUAAGCUUCGAUCCAUUUCCUCAGAGUCCUAAAAGGUCGGAGCAAACAAGAAUCCUUCUGGUUGUGUCUUCUGAUCUUUCUUGCCGAGUUAAGAAUUGGGGGCCCUCCAGGGAAUUCACCUUGCAAACUCUCAUGGAUUUUGCCACACAACCAGAGCUGGCGGGCCCCAAGCUGGAGCGCAAGCGCAGAGAAGUUGAGGAUCACAAAUGGUGGACAGAGGCACGUAUUGUCUACAAACUCGUCGAUGGUAUGGAGCUGUGCCUGCGGACGUGGUGUUGA